AAAGGGGGUUGGGCACUCGAAAGCAACUCCCGUUACUGACAGAUGCAGAGGGAACUAGAGGAAGUGUCCGCACGGAAUCUGUUGUCGGUUGAAUGUGCUCAGCCGUUAGCUGCACCAGCCAUGAAAGUCGUGUGCGGGCUGGGGCGAGGUUAUCGCAGCGUCUUGCACCCGUUGACCUCGGGGGUCCGCAGGCGGCUGUAGCCCUCUUGUACUGGUCCAGCUCCGAGGAGUUGGGGGUGGUGGUGGGGGGGGGGGCGGUGGAAACCGAGUCGAUAGGCGGUGAGUGAUGGAUUCUGUACGGGGUCGAUUCUGAUUCUGCUUCUGUUUCCUCUUUACCGUGAAACUGCACAACUCUUCCCUCCAGUGCCCCCCGAGCCCUAUGUAAGGGGAAUAAAAGUGGCAUCAUUAUUCUGGCACUAGUGGGGCUGGGAGGAACAGCUGUUAUAGCAAAUCAUGUGCAUUAGUCAAGCUUAUUCAUAGUCUGUGUCGUCCACACACGGAAAGUAAGAGUUCCAUUAUUUCACGCUGCAGAAUCCCAGUGCAUGUCUGCCUGUAAAUGUUCAGUAGGCGUCUGGUCAUCUUAACAGCAGUUUACAAACAGAGUGCAAGUAGCUUUGCAUUGAGAAGCCCACUUCUAAUAGCUCACAAUUGGUGGGUCUCGUCUGCCCUCUCGCCCAUUCCCCUUCUCCCGAAAGAAGGGGUUCGGUCCACUGCUUUGGAGGAAGGCAUCAGAAUUUCCAGAGACUGUAUCCAGCAUGUCAUCUGGAAGGAUUCUUUCAGAAAGGAUGAGGGAAACGAUUAGCUAAGUAGCAGGAAACAAAUGGGAACAGGUAAGCUUUUUUUUCGAUGAACGAGCAACGUGCCAGAAAUUAAUUUCUAAUGGACAAUAAAUUGGGAGUGAUUCGAUUUUUCUGGAAAAGAAAGAGCAAAGUUGCAUUUCUGUAGCACCUUUCCCAACCUUGCGACGUCGCUAGGGUUACCAACCCCUCCCGGAAUGGCUGGGAGUUUACUGGAAUCGUCAUCAACCUCCCGGUGGUCAACGGAAGCGAUCCAGGGACCCCAAAUACUGUGGACAUUGUGACAGUUCAUCGCCAUGGCAAUGGUUCAGGCAAUGCCCAUCGUUCCUGAGCAUCAGAAUUCAGAAAGUGAGAGCAACCUGCAAACUUCUGCAGUAUCGCCAAUCUUGCAGAGCACCAUGGGGAGUGUUGGCAGUCUGGUUUCAGGGCGCAACUACCAUGAUAAGCACUGCAAGGCCACAGAAUACAAUAUCAAGUGUCGUAAAACUGGCCAGGUGCAGAACGUUUUCAGGCAACAGGACGGACACCUAAAAAAUGGCUACUCUCAGGACUGUAUUAGCGGAGUGGCAACCAAGAAACCUUGUUCAGUAAUUGGAAAAGGCGGGAGUUACGCGUAUUUAAAUGAAGAAUACCGCAACGGAGGCUGGAAUAUGACGGAAUCACCCAGCAGCCCUUGCAGUGAUCCCGAAGACUUCCGCGAAGCAAGGUCAAUGAAUGGAAAUAUCCGAGGACCUCCUCCAAAAAUAAUUCCGGUCUCGGGCAAACUUGAGAAGAACAUUGAGAAGAAUUUGAUCAGACCGACAGCCUUCAAGCCCGUUCUGGCCAAGAACAGGAACUCUGUCCAGUAUCUUGUUCCUCGUCCUGCUAACGGACUGUCGGACAGUCAAGGGAGUCUGAAUAUCUUGUUCAACGCCAAUUCGGUGGGGUCCGUUAACUGUGUUGAAAAGCGCAAUUCCUUGCAGGGCUACAACUGCAGGAACAGCGCGCAUUCCGGAACCAUGUCGGACUCUGGGAGGAACUCCUUGUCUAGCCUCCCGACGUACAGCACGGGCUGCGGCCAUCACCCAGACCCGGUCAGCUCCUCCACCGGGCACAUCAACCUGGACGCCGGCGGGCAGCACGCUUUCCACGAGAGGGGCCUGACCGGACUGAACGGCCUGUCGAACUCCGACAGCGGCCGCUCCUCUUCCAGCAAGAGCACGGCUUCGCUGAAUGGCCGGGGCCACCCGCUGUCCGACAGCGGCUCCUGCGACCGCUCGCCCGUCUCCGGCCACGAGCUGGUCAUCCGGGAGCUGGAGGAGAGGCUCCGGGAGCGGGACGCUGAGCUCCAACAGCUGCGGGAGAGCCUGGAUGAGAACGAGGCCGCCCUCUGCCAGAUCUACGAGGAGAAGCAAAGGCGUUGCGAGCAGGAGAUGGAAGAGCUGAGGCAAAGCUGCACAGCCAAGCUCAAGCAGAGCUCGCAGAAGGCCCAGCGCAUGCAGCAGGUCCUCCAGCUUCAGGUCUUCCAGCUCCAGCAGGAGAAGAAGAAGCUCCAGGAGGACUUUGCCCAGUUGCUGCAGGAGCGCGAAAUCCUGGAGAAGAGAUGUGCCUUGAUCGAGAAGGAGCAAACUGAGCUGGGCCCGAGACUGGAGGAGACUAAAUGGGAGGUUUGCCAGAAGUCAGGAGAGAUUUCUCUUCUAAAGCAACAGCUGAAGGACUCCCAGGCUGAGCUUUCCCUGAAGGGGAAUGAAAUUGUCUCCUUGAAAGCGCAGCUCCGAGAAAUACGGGCCGAACUCCAAGAUCAUGAGGAUGAGAUCCAUGAGUUCCGGGAUUCAGUCCACACAAAGACCUUGGAGCUGGAAGUCUGCGAGAACGAACUUCAACGGAAGAAGAAUGAAGCGGAACUACUGAGGGAGAAGGUGGGCAAGUUGGAGCAGGAGACCACCGGCCUAAGAGAAGCCUUGGACAACACAAGACAUGCAGUUGGUCCAUGCCAGGAGCGGGAGGACCCCUUCCUGAUGUACGAGAGCGAUGAAGCCAAAGUUCAACGGCAAAAUGCAGACAACCAACAGGCUCUGAGACAGCAGGUCGAAAAGCUAAGGGCUGAACUCAUGUACGAAAGGAAGAGGUGCGAGAAUCAGCUAGAGAACUUUGAGGUGGAGCGGCGCACUUGGCAAGGGGAGAAAGAGAAAGUGAUUAGGUACCAGAAACAGCUUCAGCAUAACUACAUCCAAAUGUACAGGAGAAAUCGAGAGCUGGAGAGAGAGAUGAGGCAAUUCAGUUUGGAACUGGAAUCCAGGGAAAUAGAUGGCCUUGAAGUGCGGAACAAGGACAUUCGAUUUGAGGAAAUCACUGCAACGGAAAUCUAAAAAAAAGAUUUUAGUAAAGGACAAAACACCCAUGCCAAAUCUUGUGUUGAAUAAAUAUAAUACUGACAUAAUGGACAAUCAUAAUUCUUUAACCUGUUCAAGUUUAUUCAGAUGUUCACAAUAAAAGGACACCUAACGGCUUUGGAUAACCUGACACAUUCUCCUUGUAGGAAAAUUUGGAGACCUUUACCUAUUGCUUUCAUGGAGGUACAUUGUUGUCUUCCUUUGUUUCUAUUAAGUGCUCUCCAAUGUCUUGCCGUAUGAGCCAAAGGAGGGAAAAAUAGAAUAAAGCAGUUGGUAUUCACGAAUAAAGGCUGUUUAUACUAUUGACAGUCACUGCUACUGAAACAGUAGCAGUGCAGCAAUGCACAACACUAGCGGGCAGUUUGAUUGGCAGUUCCUGAUAUUACAAGUGCUGGCGCUGCCUUUGAGUCAGUGUGUUUCCCAUUUCCAAGAUCAGUUGGCAAACAGUCAUCAUCACUCAAUCACCAUCACCAGACAUAACAGGAAUGAGCAAUUUGGCUAAUGGGCGAAGAAGCCUUUCAUUGUAAAGGAACAAAAGCAAUGACUACAAAGAUUAAUUGAGUGAGAUAUACUUCCAUUGAAAUGGAAGUAUAUCAAAUAAAAUUUGAAAAUGGCAUACAUUAUAUUGGGAAGUGUCCAGGUAAAAGGUCGAGCCACCAUUUAUAAAAUGGCAUGAAAUGUUGAAGGCAAUUUCCUUUGUUGUUGGCCAACUGGAAAGAGACCUGCCAUUUCUGCCAUUUGUAUAUUUUAAUAUGUCAAACCCUUAGCCAAAUUAUCUGUGCUAUCAGUUGGUUAUUAUUUUAAUCACAAUUCCAUUGCACAUUGCCUAUUCAGGUUUUAUUGACACUGAAUGUUCCAAAUACACACACAGCAAUGAGACGAAACUGAACUUUCAAAACGGAACCCCACAUUGAGGUUUGGAAAUUGGAGUUGCAUGCAUCUGUGAAGUCAUCAUCCCAUUGUGCCUGAGCCAGUGAAGGAUGGGGUGGACGGUUCCUGGUUUUUGACCUUUGUCAAGAGAAGGAGGCAGGACCAUGCAGUCCAGAGGCACUCCCGCCACUGUCAGUUCUGAAGCCCUCCAGGGUACUUGUGCUUGAAUAGAGCAGGAACUUGGUAAUGCCAAGUGACAGAAGUGGGGCCCAGGGGCUGUGGAGCUGUGGGCCAUUUCCUAAAGCUUUUGAACGUCGUAAUGAUUGUGAGCUGCCUAGAAAUGGGCUGGUCUCCUCCUCCCAUGGGUUUUCAGGUGAACUUUCCAGUCCUGGGGCCGGGUUUGCAGAAAAAUGAUGCGAUCCCCUUCCUGCCUCCUACACUCCCUCUGUCCCCCACUCAGAGGAUGCCCCCAACUCCUGUUGAGGCUGCCAGCCCACUUUGUUCUAAUUGCCUGACUUUGGAAAUUCCAGUGGAAUUAGGGAGGGUGUAACCGACUAGAACAGGGAAAGUCCAGCUCUGCUGUGGGCAUGAAGGUGUGGGCUCAGAAAUUUUAGGAACACAUUGUUUUUAUUUAUAGAAAGCAAUUAAACUCAGUGCAGAAGCAUUCAGAGGAGAGCCAGAGCACUUCGUAGGUAACAAAACCUACCACUGGAAAAGGAUUCCUUUACUGCACUAGCAGCUCUUUAUAAUGUUUACCAUUUUGCCUCUGUAGUCCACCGAUGUUCUUGACUGAAAGUUGAAGGAAAAAAUGCUAGCUAAUGCAAUAGUGUUUUCCCUUACCCCAAUUUUGCUUGAUUAACGAUGAUAGGCAUUGCAUUCCCUUGGAAAUUUUAACCAAGUAAGAAAUGAUAGAAAUAAUUUUAGAAUAGCCGCAGCUAUCCCUCGGCCUUCUCACAUGCAGACAAGCCAAUAGACCCGUUGCUGUGUCGGAAGAGGCUGAGUGCAACACUGAUAACUAGGACAGAGCGAUGUUAACUACCCCUAAUAAAUCUCCUGGAUUUUAAACACACUAGCUCAGCAUCUUUUCACUGUCACUGUUAUUGGUUACACCAGUACUUAAGACAGAAUUACAAUGUUCGACCUGCCUGGAGGUUUGUCUCAUAUGGCUGGGUUGUAAAAUGGGGCAGAGAUGAAGAAGGUUCUGUGGUCAUAAAUGUGGCAAGCUGCGUCGGCGGUGGUCUGAUUGACGACUGGUUGCCACCCGUGUAAGAAAUCAGAUUCUUUCCAUAGAAAGAAUUCAAUGAGAUUCAGAGCCUGUGAGGCAGGCAAUCAUCUUUAAGCUAAAGAUUUUGACAUUCUUCUGACAAGGUGCCAAGGCGUCCAUCCAUGGAUUAGCUUAAGUCCAUCCACACUCCACAUCUACCUUUUCCAAUAUUUUGGCACAUGAUUAUGAAGAGUAUCUUACAACAGGUUUAGCACCAGAAUGUAGCCCUGGUGCAAUUCCUUUGCUUGUUUGAUGUCAACACUUGUGGUUGGAAAGCCAAACAGUCCCUCUGGGAUUGUCUCAGGACUUGCACCAGGUUUCUCAUAUUGCAUCACACUUUCUGACAAAUAAUCUGAAAGGCACAAAUAUGUUAGAUCACAUACAAAACAGACUGCAGCAUUAAGCUUAUCUCUUUCCCUAAUUCAUUUACAAUGUACAGUUUGAACAGAAGCCUUCAUGAAGGCUCAUUGUGAGUGAUUUGUACUUUGUGGCUUGUGAAUAUCAGGAGAGUCCAUGUUUCUGAAAUGUAAAUCCUGCCACAUGCUCUCAUAAUAAGUCACUGAUUUCUCUAGUAUUAUUCCUGGGCUAUGACUGUUUUAUGACUGAAGCUGUUCCUGGUUUAAGUGCCCCUCCUGUCCACUCAAACAGACCAUGUCCAAGUGUCAUCCUUGUGUUCAAAGCCCUCACCCUUUCCCAUCACUGUAACCUCCCCCCUUAAAACAUUCCGAGAUCUCUCUGCACUGCUCCGACUCUGGUUUCUUGAGCUUUCCUGAGUUCAGCAUUGGUGGCUGUGCCUUCAGCUGUCUAAACUCGAAGCUCUGGAAUUCCUAGCCCAAAUCUGUACAUCUCUCUUCCCCUCCUUUAAAAGGUGCUCCUUAAAGUCUUUGACCAAGCUGUUGAUCACCUAUCCUAAUAAUCUCUAUGUGGCUUAAUGCCAAAUUUUGUCCCAUUACCCUCCAGUGAAGAACCCUGGAACGUUUUUAAUCACAUUCAAAAUGCUAUAUAAAUGCAAGUUGUUGGUGUCUCUAAAAAAAAAAGCAGCAGGAAUAUAAACCUAUCUGUAUUCGAAGUGAGCCAGCAAGGCACUCCCCAGUGGUUCCUUGACAAAGAGAUUGGGCGGUGGGGAGAGCUGUAAAGAGGACGUACGUACUUUCCAAUUGGUUGUGGCCCCAUGGCUUUCAGAUUUGUAAUCUUAUCCACAAAGUGUGUAGCAUUGCUUUCUGUUUCCUCUAACAGUGUAGCCCAGUCAUUGGUUUGUCAGCUUUAAAUAGGCCAAUUUAAAAUGGAUUAAAAUAAAAUAAAGUACAAUAGAAGGCACACUGAAUUAAUAGCUGAUAGAUUUCACAGCCUUGACAAACUAUGCAGGUCUUGCUAGUGUGGGAUACCAUAAACCUGUGACCUCCUCCCAUACUAUAACACUCCUUGAUUCUAUGACUCCUGCCAUUGUCUUUUGACAUAUAAUCUGAUCUCACAUGGUCUCAGGACUUACAAAUUCCAUGGCAGACCACUGGAAUUAUUAAUUAGUGAAAUUGUGUGCUCAAUGCAACUUGACCUCAUCUCUCGUAUUUUCUGAACCUUGGAUGAACUUCCUCAAGCAGCUGGGGCCAGUGUUCAGUCAGGAUAACACGAUGUUUGGGAUCUUUGUUAAAACAUGUCUGGGAUGCUGCUGGUUCCCACACCCUGUCUCCUUUGGAAUGCCUCAGCAGCUUGUGCUCAUGUGAGUAGAUAAAGUGUGCUGGACGAGAUGAAAUUAGUGAGGGAAAACUUCUGCUGCAGCUGCUCAUGUCCUUGGCACGCACCCGCUUAAGGCACUGAGGCAGUCUCGCUAACCUCGAGAGCACAAGGGGAUUCAAUCGAUUUUGUGUGAUAGAUGUAAAAGUGAGCCAGCAGCCAGUUUCACAUCUCUCCUGAUUAGUUUGAAAUUCAUUGGAAAUAAAAGUGAGGAAUGAUGUAAAAUAAGCUGCCGACUUAUUGCCUGUUUAACAUUAUUACAAAGUUCAGAUCUCGCCCAAGGCGAAUAAUUCGUACUUUGUUGAUAUUCUGAACUUCAACAAUCUUGGAAAGAGAUGAAAUAUUGAUCACACAUUGAUGAACCGGCCAUAAACUUGGAGCUUCGACCCGAGGGAUUGGUGUCUUCCGUACUCUUACUGAUUUAUGUUGGAAUACCAUUCUCUGUAUAGAGCCAGAAGUCCAAUACCAUGUGACCGUCUGUUGUAAAGCCAUGCUGGAAGGUAGUAACAGGAUAUUUGAGAAUGGGGAGCAUCAGACUAUUAGGGCAGCCAGCGAGGGGGCACAUAUUCAUCCUCUCUUCACCAGAGGCGCACGCAUUUCCUCCAAGUUCAUGGGAGGGAGUUAUGGCCAACUUCCCUCAGGUCGUCUUCCCCUUUCUAGUUCAUGGGCGCCAAGGCAAGUUAUAGCAGAUUUACUGCGGUCCCAGCACAGACCAGGAUUUUAAAACCAGGACUGUCCUAUUCUGCACCACAUUGGGGAAAAGUCUCUGCCCCCUGUCAGUGUUGGAGGUGAUGUUAUGUGGCAGGAAUAUGUGAAGUGCUAAAAACCAUCAGGGGUCAUUGUGGUACCUGGCUGCUAUCUUGACGAAGAGGAUCCUACCAGCUUUAGUAGAACCUGUCCGAUUCUCAUCCCAUUGAAGUGAAUGGGACCAAAGUUGGGCAGGUUGUAGAAAGAUCUUUAGCAGGUUACCACCCAGGCAAGAGAUUGCAAAUGACGCCCAUUGUCUCUCCCCGUUUCAGUGAAAGUUUGUUUUAGUAAAAUGUAUAAAAAAACAUCUAAUCAAAUCCACAUUUUUUUUCAAGGUAAUAGCAAGUCAACAACCUUGUACCAUUAUAAUUUCAAACCAAAUACACCGAAACAUGGUAGAAAUGCUGGGGUGGGUGCAAUUGUUGAUUUUGUUUUCAAUAAUAUCCUUUUAUCAUUUCAGUUGAAUGGAGGCUUGAUGUUACAAUUAGACAGUGCUGUGGUGGACUCUGCACAGUCCCACACAAUCUAGUGGACCCCGCUUAAAUUGGUGCCACAAAUUAACAAUCUCAACCCAUAAAAAGGCAACAGGCAGUGCAGGGGACGCCCUAGUGUUUGCACUCACUUUAAAAAGAGCACAUUGUCCACCUGACUUAAUUCACCAGCUUCUUUGUUUAGCUCUAUUAAAGGGGUAGUGUUGCCUCAUGAGAGGGUUCUCAAGCAGACUUGUUACAAUCUCCAAUGUGGAAGCUCUUCAUCCAAGUUUACCUCUUAAUGGGAUGCUGAGCCUAAUGUUGUUUUCAUCUUAUUAAAAAUGAACAGAUUCAUGGCACCAGAUACAGUUUGAGAUGCAAUUAUGUCCAUACAGUUGCAGCCUCUUGGUGAUUAAACUUGGCAGCUUUGCAACACAGCAACACCACCCUUUUAAAGGAUUAAAUGAAGGUUAAAAAAAAGACCUUAAUGUCCUGGCGUCAGCUCACUAAAUAAAUCACUUGACAGGCAUUCUACAGCAACCUGAGAUUUUGAGUAGACAGAAGACUGCCACUAGUUGUUCCUGCCCUUAUCAAACACUUUGUGUGUAAUCUUCUUGGUUCAAAUCACAAAGCAAGCAGAUUUUUUUUUAAAAAGCGGGCUUUAUUUCAGUACUGUUUUGCAUUGUGUGAGAAAGGAAUGAACUACAAGUAGUGACUUUGAUCAAGCAGAAUUGCUUGGGAACACGUCAUGCCAUGAAAGAAAUGAGGCAAGUUUGUGCAAUGCUGCAGAUAGUGCAGCAAAGAGUUAAAAUUCCAACCUUAACAUGAACAAGCCCCAGUCCUGCUAGGGUUGCCAACCUUCCAGGAUUAUCCUGGAGUCUCCAGGAAUUAACGAUUAAUCUCCUGAACACUGCUGUGGGCAACUCUGGGAGAAAGAUAAUUGAGACAUUGAUAAAAUGUCUUUUUUCUUUCAAAAUGUUCUUUAGACACUUACCUGUUACAAAAAUAUUGAAGGUGGGGAACAGUGCUGUUUGACUGGGUGGUUGAGAAGUCGUUGGACGAGAGGCUAUGUGAUGAAACCUCCUAGAUUAUGCCCAAAACAUGGUUGGCGACCAUGUGAUUGAAGAAGGUAGCAAGCUGAUAAAUGACAGGAAGUGAAUCUGCUUUGGUUUUUUAAAAGAAGUUUUUUUUAUUGGGUAAGUUUCCCUCUUCAAGGUUUCUCUUCCCUACCCUGCUCUAUUGUCCCUACACCAUCCAAAGAUUAGGUCUUUGAUGAUGUCUUUCAAAAUGGCCACUAGGCAAUGUAUGGGAGCGGCCUGUGAUGAUCCUCUGAUCUUCUCUGUAAAUAACUAUUGGGAGAUAUAUGAGUGUAGCCAGUAGGGGAAGGAUUUGGCCUCUAGUCAGUCCCCUCAAUGCAUGAUGAGACUGUUGUCUAAAAGUACAGCACUGAAGGUUCUUCUAUCUGAUGUGAACCAGACAUGAAAGAAUUCUAGGGAAUACUACAAGUACCCUGUAGAGACUUUAUCUAUCGUUCUACAGAUCUUUCUAAUCUCAACAAAAAAAAAACAUUUAUAGAACUACAACCUUGAACUUUUGAAGUGUGUUACAUUCUGUCUGGAGGCCAGAGCCAUAACUCAGAGCACGACACAUAUUCCAAUAACUCUUCUUUGGUGGCUGUUUGUCGUUUUUGGAGAAAAAGUGUAAAUAUAUAUACGGUCAUUACACUUCAGCUCUUCCGAGCAGCAAGAUUGUAAAAUUGAUUAUUAUGUGCAUUUUAUGUUGGGAGUUUGCUUAAUUAAAACAUGAACAUCAUCUGUACAUUAUGACCUCAGAAGCUACUGUAAAUAAUGAGGGGGUUGAUGCAGCACAGUCAAUGUUUUGUGGUCACUGUCAAGCUUAUGUAUUUAAAUGAUCUCGUGACUAGAUUCAUGUGGGGCAACUCACAUUAAUUUUUGUUUACUUUUUAAGUCUUGCUUUUCCUUCCUGUUUGAUGUUGAACAUGGUGUCUGUAGAAUUCAUCUCCAAAUUACUUAUUUUUUCACGCUGUACAUUUCCUGUAUAAAACUGAUUACAGAUCAUUGUUUCUAAUAAAAAAAAAGUCAAUGAUC